GAGAGAGAGAGAGAGAGAGAGAGGGAGAGAGAGAGAGAGAAUGAAGAGCAUUCCACUACUUCUGAUGGGCUGUGGAGGAGUUGGGCGCCAGCUCCUUCAACACAUCGUGAGUUGCAGAAAUCUCCACGCCAAGCAGGUUAAAUGCCAGGGUUCGAGUUUUGAAGGCAGCCAAUAUCAAAGGUUUGCGCCGGCUCCAAACUUAUAGGCAGGACCAACUCUAGGGAGUGCUUCUGCGUGUUGUGGGUGUAUGCGAUAGCAAAUCCCUGCUUGUUGCAACUGAUGUGUUCACAAAAGACUUAAAUGACUCCUCCUUGAUGGAAAUUUGCCGGGUUAAGUCAUCCGGUUCUUCUUUGUCAAUGCUGAAUGGGUUAGGCGAAUUCCAAAUUUUCAUGGACAUGGAAUCAACAAGAAAAGCUGUAGAAAUUGCGGGACGUCUGAGCAGAACGACUGGUUUGGCAGUUGUUGAUUGCUCUGCCAGUUCUGAGGCCAUUGAGGCGCUAAAGCAGUUUAUUGAUAUUGGCUGCUGUGUUGUGCUGGCGAAUAAGAAACCUCUUACAUCUUCCAUGGAGGAUUUUGAGAAAUUGUUCUCACAUCCACGUCGCAUCCGACAUGAAUCAACUGUUGGUGCCGGCCUUCCCGUCAUAACAUCUCUAAACCGCAUACUUGCAUCUGGGGACCCCAUCUAUCGUAUUAUUGGGAGUUUGAGUGGUACACUUGGGUAUGUUAUGAGUGAACUAGAGGAUGGGAAACCAUUCAGCCAAGUUGUGAAGGCUGCGAAAUCUCUCGGUUAUACUGAACCAGAUCCACGUGAUGACCUUGGUGGAAUGGAUGUUGCGAGAAAGGGUUUGAUCCUUUCUCGACUUCUUGGAUGGCGACUUAACUUGGACGACAUUAAGGUUGAAAGCUUGUAUCCAGAUGAAAUGGUGCCUGAUAAAAUGUCCCUGGAAGAUUUCAUUGCUAAUGGGCUUCCAUUGCUUGAUAAAAAUAUUGAGGAGAGAGUUAAACUGGCUUCUUCAAAAGGAAACACUCUCCGUUAUGUCUGUUCGAUUGAGGGAAUGAGGUGUCAUGUUGGUGUUCAAGAGCUGCCUAAAAACUCUGCUUUGGGGAGAUUGAGAGGAAGUGACAAUGUGUUGGAGAUUUAUAGCAGGUGUUAUAAAGACUAUCCAUUGGUCAUUCAAGGUGCUGGGGCAGGCAAUGACACUACUGCAGCUGGAGUUCUUGCUGAUAUCAUUGAUCUUCAGGAUCUCUUUUCUUGAUAAGGAGCUCUCUUUUUUCUUGUAGGAUCUUUGAUGAUUGUGUAGGUCAGUAGGUGGGAGAGAGACAUUUUUUUAAACUUGAGACAACUAAGAAAGAGGCAUCUGUUAUCUGACUGUGGUCCUUUGGCGUGUGAGGCUAUUGAAUCUUUGAGGCAAAUAUCCGCUGGUGAUACGAUCUGCACCUGCAAGGAAGAAGAGAACCAAUGAACCAAUAAAAAUCUCCCACUUCAGGGGGAGAUCCUCUGCGAUAAUGCCAAGAGUUGUAUUGAAAAUUUUGAUCAUCUCCCAAUAGCUAAUUCCAAAGUAUAUAUAACGAUUACAACUCCA